GUGAUCCGUAGUUAAUGUGGAGAUGGGGGGGAUUCUGGGCUGUCACCGCUCGCUCCCCAAAGACCCGAUGGAUUUCUGUCAAAACAAACGCAAGUUCAGCGCUGCGUGCAACUUCAGUCACAUCUUGGUGAACCAGGAGCGACUGAACAUCAACACGGCGACAGAGGAGGAGUUGAUGACCCUUCCCGGGGUGAACCGUACGGUGGCGCGGAACAUCGUGGAGUACCGGGAGUGCAUUGACGGGUUCAAGAAAGUGGAGGAUCUGGCGUUGGUGAGCGGGGUCGGCGCGACCAAGCUGGAGGUGAUUAAGCUGGAGAUAUGUGUCAGCAAUAGGACGGGUUCGUCGCAGCACUCGCCCUCGUCCCUGCGCAAAGACCACGAUCACCCGGUUAGUACCGGCAUCAACAUCAAUACUGCCACGCCGUCGCAACUCAUGAGCAUUCGUGGAAUCACCGAGAAGACAGCCAAGAACAUCAUAGUCUAUCGCAACGUCCACGGACCAUUCAAAAGUGUCGACGAUCUAGUCAAAGUCGACCACAUGAAUUCAUCCUUGCUGGACAGGAUCAGGUUCCAGGUUUUCGUGGACCGAUCCCGAACCCAAUCUACCAACACCAACGGGGGACUGACGAAUGCGAGCAAAUCGCACUCGAGUCCGACGUCGGUGAGCCUUCAAAGCGAGGACCUUGAUCUUCCCCCGGGAGGACCUCCGCAGAUCGUUUCGGCGCGGCCCGUCGUGGAGCCCUUCUCCGGCCUGCGUGACGGCAAAGCCGUGGUGCGGGUGGCCACGUGGAACCUGCAAUGCUGCUCGAACGAGAAAGCCAAUAAUCCCGGAGUUAAAGAAGUCGUGUGCAUGACGCUCCUGGAAAACGACAUCAAGUUGCUAGCAGUUCAAGACCUGGCAGAUGGAGAGUCGCUCGAGAAGUUCUGUGCCGAGCUGAACCAGGGAACUCUGCCCAGCGUCCAGAAGUGGGGGGGCCCUCGUGGGACCUGGAAAUGUAUCGUUUCUGACAAGCCCACCGGCCAGAUCCACAAGAGGGCGGCGUUUUCUGGCUUCCUGUGGAACAGUGCUUCCGGCAUCGAGCUGAAGGACGCGGUCAUCCUGGAGAGCCCGAGAUCCAGCGGCAACGGGAGGCCUGCCCUCCCUCAGCCAUACUUAGCACGCUUCAAAAUUGGAUUGUCCGAGCUCACGGUUAUGAAUUUCCACCUUGGCCUGACCCAGCCGGGAGAGCAGAAUGGGAACAUCCAUGCGGAUGACUCCAGGAGUCUUCAUGUCACUGAUGCCGUUCGGGAUACCAUCAGAGGGGAGAAUUUGCUGCUGGCGCUGGGUGACUUUGGCCUGCCCCCGGACAGCAGGGAGCUGGACCCUCUCAGAAUGGAGAAGCUGAGCGCGCUGGUCCCCCCCACCCAGUUCACAAACAUCAGCACACACAACCUGCAAGGGUCCCGGUGUGUGGACAACAUGUGGGCCACCCACACCCUCAAGAAUAUCUACACAGGGCACUGCUGGGUGGUGCGGGAGGGCCUGACCAAUCCAUGGAUCCCAGACAACUGGUCGUGGGGAGGGGUGGCGUCGGACCACUGUCCCGUCGUGGCGGAAUUCCACUUGGACUCAGCCGCUAAGGAGCCGCCUGAGAACAGGAGCAGCAUGGCAGUAGUGGAGCGAGGCGAGAUCACAACCAGACACGAGCGGUGACGUCCUUCUGUCCCCCUGUCCAUGUGUCCCCAAGCAGAACUACAGUUACAGGGACACGGGAACUAGUAACACUGUGAUUCUGUUCCUACUGAAGGUUCUCUAGGUAAGAGAACCCUUGAAUAUAGAUGAAAGCACAGACACUCUAUUUGUCAAAAAACACUACAAAUUAGCCAGAACUUUUAAAUUUUAAAUAUUUAAAUUAUAUAUAUAUAUAUAUAUAUAUAUAUAUAUACAACACAGUGAAAUAUGGACAUUAUUGUGCCAAAAUCUUUAAAAAGCAUUUUAAUAAAAUUAAAUUUUAAGAUGCACCUUUCUGCAGUGACGACUGUCUUAAAAAUGUUGGAAAACACUGAAGAAUUAUCUUCACUGCAUGUGAGGCUCACCUAUUUACGGCCGAAGGAUUUUUAGCCGGAUUUGUGAGUCUGACUCAGCAAUGCAGCGCCACCCACAGGUAUACAGAGGAAGAACACUGAAGGCCUCUGCUUUGCUGAAGGUUUAACACACUGUACUGUGUUAGAAAAAUGUUAUGUCUGUCUUCUAUUAUAAAACUGUAAAAAGAUGGAAACUUGAUCAAAGUUUUAGAAUUGUUUUAUUCUUGUAAAUUUGUCCAGUUCAAGGCCAGGGGAUGCACUGUGUACUUUGAUUUUGUUUUCAACAAACUCUGUAAUUACUGCAGAUGCAGAUAGAACUGAACCUUUUAUUGUUAAGUACUAUGGGUCUGUUAAAAAAAAGAAAGAAAGAAAAA